AUGACCAGAAAAAAGGCAUUGGAUGUCGCCGACGUUGCUGAGCUUGACAAUGAGAAACGAGUUCGCAUUCUUGGCAUUAUCGACAACAUUCGCGAGCUGGGAGUGAACGAGGACGUUUCCUUACCACAGCUUGUCGUUGUUGGAGAUCAGUCAAGUGGGAAGUCGUCGCUCUUGGAAGGACUUACUGGACUCUCAUUUCCAAUUGCUAGUGAUCUCUGUACGCGUUUCGCGACGCAAAUUGUCCUCCGGCGCGCACCAGCCAGCGAAGCGGAAGUGAGGGUAACGAUCAUUCCUGGUGCAAGUGCUCAGGCGGACCAAGAUACCAAGGAUCGACUGACUCGGUUUGAACGAAGGCUUUCGACAGAGGAAUUCGACGGUGAGGUAUUUCAGAAAGUUUUUGACGAGGCUGCAGAGUGUAUGGGCAUACCAGGGCCGAGCACCAAAGAUCUCGAAGACCUCAAGAAGCGAUUUUCCGAUGAUGUCUUGAAAAUCGAACUGUCUGGGCCUGAGCAUCAUCACCUCAGUGUCGUCGAUGUCCCAGGGCUGUUUCACAGCAAACGCACGGUUGGCAUUAUCACCAAAUGCGAUGCUUUACAGCCCGGUGACGAGCAAGGUGUUCUUCGCAUUGCCCAAAACGAAGUUGAAAGACUAACCCACGGUUGGUUCGCUGUCAAAAAUCGGUCAACGCAGGAGAUCAUGGACGGAGUGACGAUUGAGGAUCGUCACAGGCGCGAGGAGCGUUUCUUCAAAACUGUCGCCCCUUGGACAAGUCUGAGGAAGGACCGCAUCGGAAUACGCGCCCUGAAAGCAUUUCUCGGGAAUCUUCUCUACGAACACAUCAGCAAUGAGUUUCCAGGAGUCGUCAGGGAUAUCGAGGGGCUUUUAUUGGAGACUCAGAAAGAGCUGGAAUUGCUUGGACCAUCUCGUCAAUCAAGCGCAGACCAGCGGCGUUUUCUGACACGUGUCGCAAACGUGUACCAGCAAGAAGUCACGCGUGCUUUGAAUGGAAACUACGACCCGGACCUUGUCUCUGAUAGUCCCCUCAAGCUUCGUAUGCAUAUACGGAAGCUCAAUGAUGAAUUCGCAUCGCUUAUGGCACGCAAAGGGCAUUCCAGAGUCUUCCUCACAGUGGAGGGGAAAGUCGACCAAGAAUAUGCCCGUGCUGCCCGUCCUGGGGCUGGCAGUACUAGUAUACUCGAGUGGAUUCGAGAGAUCUAUCGCGAUUCUCGAGGAGCGGAAUUGCCUGGAACAGUGAAUCCGAAUGUUUUGGAGAAUAUGUUCCGACAACAAUCAAAGUCCUGGAAAACAAUCGCACAAGCCUACUUACAGCAAGCCAAAGCGGUUGUGCUUGCGUUCAACACAACUGUGUUCGAACAAAUGAUCUCUGAUGAAGAUUUGAGGGCUAAACUUAAAUCAAGGCUAGCCGAGAGAGAGAAGAUGACCUACACUAGUAUUAACGAACAAUUGUUCAUAAUCUUGAAGGAUGAAAGAGGUGGGAUCCUGCAGACUGUCAACCACUACUUUGCCGAAACAAUGUCUGCCAUUCGUCAGGAACGGGUUGUCGCAAGGUUGAAAGCCACAGGAUUCCAAGACGGCUGCGGGUUUGACAUGGAAAGGGUGGUGGAAAGCGUGCAUCUCAGCAAUGAGGAUCAAGCCGUCAACGAUAUCCACGAUAUCCUCAAAGCCUACUAUAAAGUAGCGCUGAAGCGCUUCACUGAUAACGUAGUACUCCAGGUCACCGAACGAUAUUUGCUGGGUCCGAGUGGUCCCGUAAAGGCUCUGUCGCCUGAGCUGGUCGGUGAUCUCGAUGAAGAGAUGUUGAUGGAGGUUGCCGGCGAGAAUUUCGCAACUUCGAGUGCUAGGAACGAACUAAUCUCUAAGUGCGAGCGUUUCCAAAAAGCAUUGGAUAUCACAAAGCAAGCAAGGUUGUAG